AUGCCACAGGACACAUCCGCCCCGGGUGACCUGGUGCACAACUUGGUGGCCAACACGGCCUACCUGAGAGCUCAGCAGAUUGAUCGGAACGAGCUGAGAAAACAGAGACUCUCCCUGACGCUGCCCAGAGCAAAGAAGUCCUCGGCUCUCCGGGCAGCAGUGGGGAAGAAGUACGAGUCGCUUUGUGAGCAGCAGCCUAUUGGGAAGAAGUUGUUCCAGACGUUCCUCCGUGGUUCAAGCCCGCAGUACGUGGCCGCUGCUGAGUUCCUGGAGGAGCUGAGUGCCUUGAGAUUUGCUGACAAUGAAAUAAGACAAAAGGCCAAACAGAGCAUCCUCGCUAAGUUCUUUAGACCUGAGUCCAAGUUCUUCCUCUCCUACCUUACAGGAGAGAAUGCUAAAAUGUGCAAGGAUUUAACAGAGAAGAACUUUGAUGAUGAGGUGAUGGAGCAGAUGAGAGACGCCACAAGGGACUUUCUAAAAGGAAAACCUUUCUUGGAGUACCAGAAGAGUCCUUUCUUCUCCAGGUUUCUGCAGUGGAAGGAGUACGAGAAGCAGAACAUCACUGACAAGUACUUUUAUGAGUUCAGGACGUUGGGAAGAGGAGGCUUCGGUGAGGUGUGUGCGGUGCAAGUGAAGCACACAGGCCAGAUGUAUGCCUGCAAAAAGCUAGAUAAGAGGCGUUUGAAGAAGAAAAGUGGCGAGAGACUGGCCCUCGUGGAGAAACAGAUCCUGGAAAAGGUCAGCAGCCUCUUCAUUGUGAACCUGGCUUACGCUUACGCCAGCAAAACCCACCUGUGCCUGGUCAUGGACCUGAUGACGGGAGGAGACCUCAAGUUUCACAUCUACGAGUUGGGGGUGAGGGGUAUCUGCUUGGAGCGUGUAGUUUACUACACGGCCCAGAUCACCACCGGCAUCCUCCACCUGCACUCUAUGGACAUUGUGUACCGAGAUAUGAAGCCCGAGAAUGUGCUGCUGGACGGUAAAGGGCAAUGCCGGCUGUCCGACCUUGGGUUGGCCGUGGAGCUGCCAAGGGGCAAGAUGAUCUGCCAGAAGGCUGGUACGACCGGCUACAUGGCCCCUGAGGUCCUGAAGCAGGAGUACUACCGCACAUCUGUGGACUGGUGGGCUCUGGGCUGCAGCAUUUACGAGAUGAUUGCGGCCCGUUUGCCUUUUAAAGACUUCAGGGAAAAGGUGCAGAAUGAGGAGGUGACUCGACGCACUCUGGAGGACGAGUGCAAGUACGACAUUAAGCGAUUUGAUGUUCCCACCAAAGACAUCAUCAGCCGCUUUCUCAAGAAGAGGGUUCAGCAUCGCCUUGGUUGCCGCAGCAACGAUGACCCACGAAGCCACGUGUUUUUCAAGUCUAUCAACUUCCACCGUCUGGAGGCCGGCCUGGUGGAUCCCCCCUGGGUGCCAAAGCCCAACGUGGUCUACGCCAAAGACACCGACGACUUCAGGGACACGUCCGAACUCAAGGACAUCCAGCUCGACGCCAAGGAUGAGAAAUUCUUCCGAGAGUUCAGCACAGGUGCUGUGUCCAUCCGGUGGCAGAAGGAGAUCAUCGAGAGCGGAGUGUUUGACGAACUGAACGACGCCGAGCUGAACGCAGAGAACUGUGAGAACACGUGGAAAUCCAAGAUGUGCAUCGUGUUAUAGAGACGGAGAUAGCGAGUACUUGAAAAUGCACAAAAGUCCUU